AUGCUUAGUCUCAUAUUGGAUCAUGUUGAGAACCCAGGUCCAAGAUUAUUCAACUUAUUACAACGACGUGAUGCUUGUUUUCAUGCUCAAUUAAUCGCAACAAAACCAUAUUUUCAAGCAUCAGCUAAUGAAAUUCAAUCAAUCAAAAGCAAAGAUAUUGAAGCGGCUCUUGACAACAAUACCAAAAGAACAUACAAUACAGAAACAAAUAGUGCAUUAAAUAAACUUUUACAACAUAUAAAAACUGUCGGUGGUCGAGUUAUGGGAUCAGCAUAUUCAAGAACAGCUUUACGUACUCGUAUACAUGCACUUAUUUUUAACCAAGGUUUACCGAGUAUAUUUCUUACAAUAAAUCCAGCUGACAUCCAUAGUCCUGUAGCAUUAUAUUUUGCUGGUGUUCAACUCAAUCUUGAUAAAAUUCAAAAUGAACAACUUAUGGAUACUUAUCGAAGAGCCGAAAUUAUAGCAUCUCAUCCAGUUGCUACUGCCAAAUUUUUCCAUGUAUUGAUCAGCAAUAUCUUGGAAACUAUGAUAAUGGGUGGAGUUCUCGGACCAAUAAAGACUUAUUUUGGUACGGUCGAAAGUCAAGGCCGAGGUUCACUUCAUUUACAUCUUCUUAUUUGGCUUGAUCAUGAUAUGAAACCAACUGAUAUGAAAGAAAAAAUUCAAGAUGCUACUUUUCGUAACAAGUUAAUAGCAUAUUUAGAAGAUAUCAUCAAAGAAGAUUUAGAUGAUUUCAAAGAGAAACAAGUCAUCGAAUCUUCUGACGAACCACAAUCAUCACAAAACAAUAUUUAUACUGCUUUACGUACUAUUGAUUUGACAGGCACUGUAGAAAAUACACAUCAGUCGCCUCUUUUUUCAACACCAACCAAGCAGCAUUUACCUUCUCAAUCGAUUCCAUCUCGAUCACCAUCAAUUCCAUAUAGAUCUCCAGUAUCAAGUCCAGUGGCACAAACACCAACACAUGAUCGAUCUGCAUUUGUAUUUUCAGAUAUGAAUGUGUCAUCUAAUCAAUCAAAAUUACCUCCAGCCUGUUUACCCACUCCAAAUCCAUCGUCGCCUAAUUUUAAAUCAAAAUUUCGUGCACAUGUAGCACAAGUUGCUGAAUCUAGCAAUACUCAUAGACACUGUGAUACAUGUUUUAAAUACUGCAAUGGUGGCAAAAAGAUUUGUCGAUCGAUUAUGCCACGAAAACGGGUACCAGUAUCAACAAUCGAUCCAGAAACUGGUCGUAUUUGUAUGAAACGAUCAGAUCCAUGGAUGAAUAAUUUCAACGAAUAUAUUAUCUCAGCUUGCCGAUCCAAUAUGGAUAUUAAAUUUAUUUGGACCGGAAAUGAUGCCAAAGCUUUAGUUUACUAUAUUACCGAUUAUGUCACAAAGAUGAAUCUAUCUUUUCAUGAUACAUUUUCUCUUGUCCAAAAAAGUAUUACAUCAUUACAAAAUCCAAACAAUCAAGUAGACAAGGAAAAUGUAAUUGAAAAAUCACGUAAACUCGUUUUACGUUGUUAUAAUGCACUUGCUUCACAACAAGAAUUAUCCGGUGUGCAAGUUGCUUCUUAUCUUAUGAAUUGGGAUGACCAUUACACAACACAUAAAUUUCGAGGUCUUUAUCUAAUUCAAACUGAACGAUUUUUACAAUCUGAAUUGAAUGAAAUGCGUGCGAAACAAAAUCUUCAAUCAACAUCACAAGAUGUAAUUGAUGAUGAAGAUAUAUUUGAUGAUGAGACAAUUAUUGAGGAAAACAACGAUGAAGAACAUUUCCAAGUUCAACCGGCGGGAGAUAAAAACAAUUUUAUACUUGUUAAUACACGCGUUGAUUAUCAAUAUCGUUCAAACAACCUCAACAACACUUGUUUAUAUGACUUUGUCAGUACAUUUUAUAAGAAAAAAAUUAAUGAAACAGAUAUAAAAUAUUUAUCAAAAUCCUAUACGACUGAAAAACGACAAGAUAAUCAAAAAGGUCGACCAUCUAAUGAACGAUUUUUUUUUCACAAAGAUCAUCCUCAAGCAACAACACAUCUACUCAUGAAAUACAGUGAGGCUCAUGUACCUGUUCUUUAUGGUCCUCAAAUUCCUCGACAAGAUCGCGAUGAUACUCGAGAACGAUACAAUCGUGCACUUCUCACACUUUUCGUACCAUGGCGCAAUGUAAUUGAUCUUUGUGACAUCAAUCAAACAUGGGAAGAUGCAUUAGAAUCUCGAAAACAUCGUAUUUCGGCUCAUUCAUGGAAGAUUAUAGAAAAUAUUCAACUUUUACAUGAAUGUAAAAAAGAUCGUGAUGAACAUUUACUUCAAGUUAUUGCUGAAGCACAGGUCGAUAAUGAUUCGAUUGAUCCUGCAUUUUUACCAUCAAAUCAAGGUGCUGAUGGUGAACACGAAGCAGAUGACAUCGACGAUUUGAUUCAAUUAAUAGGCAGUGUAGAUGAAUUUACAGCUGCUACAAUCAAUGCCACGAAAAAAUCAACAGAAAACGUAUAUAUUCGAGAAACGAUUGAAGCUGUGGAAAAAGUUGGACGGUUUAAUCAUAUGAAUCGUCAUGAUCAACAUGUUUCAAAUACAGGCAUUGAUCAACAAAUUGUACCGUUUGUUUCCGCAACACCUAAUCUCAUUAAACUUAAUUCAAAAUGGCAAGAUCAAUUGAAGAAUGAAAAGGAACGAAUCAGGCGCAGUUUGAUUUCGGGAAAACAUAACAAUGAUGAUGAUAUAUUGGAUUUUAAUGAUGUAACUGACGCCGUUGUAACGGUAGUCAAUCCAUAUGAUAAUCGAAAUAAUGUCGAAAAAAAAACAUCAAUUCCACCAGUACUUGUAGUUAAAAACAAUUUCUCAACUCAAAACAGCAUCAUUGAUGAAUUCACAUUGAACAAGGAACAAAGAGCUGCAUUCUUGAUAAUAACAAGUCAUCUCGAUGGUGACAAUCGAUGUCGUACAGGUGACAAUAAUGGUCAGCUCAUUAUGUGUAUACCUGGAUGUGGUGGAACGGGCAAAUCACAAUUGAUUCGUGCUCUUACAAAAUAUUUUCUCAUCACAAAAAGAAUGCAAAUGAUGCGAAAACUUGCACCUACCGGAAUUGCAGCAGCUGAAAUUGAUGGCAUGACAAUUCAUUCAUUCUUAGGUGAACAACGUAAUUCAAGAAAGCCACGUACCAUUAAACCAGGUGAUUCCAAACUUGAAAAAGAAUGGCGAUCUGUUGAAUAUCUCUUAAUUGAUGAGAUGAGUAUGGUUGGCUUAACUUUAUUAGGAAAACUCAAUAGAAUUAUUUGUUCUGCAAAACAUGUCGAUCCUCAAGUUCCAUUUGGUGGUGUGAACGUAAUCUUCUUUGGUGACUACUUACAAUAUCGACCAGUCUAUGAUUCACCAUUGCAUACUGAUUUUUCAUUACCAUCAAAAAAGAGACAAGGAAAACUACUAUCUGAAAAAGAAAUUCAACAACGUGUUGCACGUUCUUUAAUUCUUCAAAUGAAUUGUGUGGUGAAACUUACACAACAGAUGCGAACAGAAGAUUUACGAUGUCUUCAACUACUCGAUCGGCUUCGUCAUGGACAAUGCAAUUAUGACGAUUAUGAAUUAUUACAAACACGAAUUGUUGGCCAACCAUCCAUAGAAUCUCUACAUGAUUCACCAUGGAACAAAGCUCCUAUUCUCGUGUUUCGAAAUGAAAUUCGAACAAAAUUAAACAACAAGGCAUCAAUUCAUAAUGCAACUCAAAUAGAUCACCCACUGAUGGUAUGUGUCGCGCAAGAUACUUGCAAAGGCAAACCAAUCGAAGAUCCAAUAUUGAUUAAAAAUUUAUUAGAAUUAUCUGAUAGCAAAACAGAGCAUUUACCUGGUUUACUACCUUUUGUUCCAGGCAUGCCUGUCAUUUUAACACAAAAUAUUGCUACUGAACUGGGUCUUAUCAAUGGUAUUAAAGGAACCUUUCGACAAUUAGUAUAUCACGAAGAAUCGGUGUCAACAGAAGCUUUGUCGGAAAUGUUUCCGAACAAUACACAAUUUAUUCGUCGACCAAUAUAUGCUUUGAUCGAGAUUAAUAAGUCCAAGAUCGAAUGCAAACUUCAAGAUCUUGAACCAAAACUUAUUCCAAUCCCGUUAGUAGAACAAACAUUUCGUGUCGACAUUGCCGAUAUUCUUCCAAAAGACAAAAAACCAAAAUCAAAUCAAAAGACAAUUUUAUCAAUUAAACGAUCUGCACUACCACUUGUACCUGCUUAUUGUAUUACAACACAUAAAAGCCAAGGUCAAACUUUGAAUAAAGUGAUUAUUGAUUUAAAAUUACCAAAUGAAACUGAUGAUAUUGCAGCAGUAUAUGUACCAUUAUCUCGUGUGAAACGUUUAGUUGAUUUAGCUAUUCUACGACCAUUCGAUUACAAAGUUUUACUUAUGAAACCAAAUAAAUCUCAAGUUGCUGAGAUGGAACAACUUGAUCAACUGUAUAUCAACACACGAUUACGUUUCCCGGAAUGGUUUCAAUAA